UGUAAGUGUGUUCCAAGUGUAGCAGAUAGGUUCCGUCAAAGUCUCACUCUUACUAUCACAUUGUGACUAGUGUCACAACACAUAUUCACUGUACCUGCAACUCCAUAUUUUGUGGCUCACACAUUCAACACAACACUGUCUUACCCACACCACCAUGAAACUCUCACACACAUUGCUUCGUACACCUUUCUCCACAGCCUCAACACUGUUACUCCGCACCCAAAAUUCUGUCUUUAACUCCAAUGGAAAAAGGGUCCCUGUGUUGGGCUACCAAAGCCUCAGGCUCCCCGGUUGCGCUUGCAGCAACUCGGGAGCUGCGGUUUCUUCUGCGGCGGCGAAUCCUUCUUCGCCGCCGCAUGUUGCUUCCAAUUCCGGUUUUGAUUCUGUUGUGACUCAGGAGCUUCCGGAAAAGUUGGAAGCUCUAGAGGAAGGCAUUGAGAAGGCGAUUUAUAGAUGCCGGUUUAUGGCAAUUCUAGGAGUGUUUGGAUCUUUAAUUGGAUCAUUUCUGUGUUUUAUUAAGGGCUGCACAUAUGUUACAUCGUCGUUUUUGCAAUACUUUGUAAACCGCAGUAAAGUAAUCCAAACGCUAAUAGAAGCUAUUGAUGUCUAUCUUUUAGGAACUGUGAUGCUGGUCUUUGGAAUGGGUCUCUAUGAGCUCUUUGUCAGUAAUCUUUCUCUUCCAGAUCAAAAACCGUCUGAAAGAUCAAAUCUCUUUGGUUUAUUCACUCUAAAGGAACGACCAAAAUGGCUGGAUAUAAAAACUGUGAAUGAACUGAAAACAAAGCUUGGUCACGUGAUAGUGAUGCUGCUUCUGAUUGGGUUGUUUGAUAAAAGUAAGAAGGCUGCUAUAAACACUCCUGUGGACUUGCUAUGCUUCUGUGCCUCUGUCCUCCUUUCUUCUAGUUGCCUCUUUUUGCUGUCUAAGCUCAAUUAGGCAAAAUCAUAUAUGUUCACAUACACCAAAGGUAAGGAUAUAUAAGAAGUGAUAUACACGCAUGAAAAAAAAAAAUAGCUGUACUUAAUACUUGCUUUUGUUCUGUAUAUAUUAAGAUGAAUAAGCAAUUGUCUUGCUCUUUCCUUUGUCGUGCAUGUAUAUCUCUUUUAGUCUUAA